CCUCCGCAGCGCAUUUCUAUAGGGUGGUUGUUGUUCCAUCACGGGCACCGGACGGCUCGUGAUUGACCGGUUUCUCCACCGAACUGUCAACCAGCCGCGCGCUGGCGCCUCCCCUUCCCCAUAUAAGUGUCCGGAAUCUAUUCAUUCUUCACGCUGUGCUCGGUGGAGUAGAACCGACUGGUCCACGGGAUGUUGACAGAAUAAAAUCAUACUACUUUUGAAACAUUUUUUUUUUUGUCGACCGUUUUCUUUUUUGGUGGGGGGGGCAGUUUUGGCUUUUACGUCGGUCAUACCCAUCUUCAUCUCCUACACAUAAUCUCCGGUAUUUGGUACCAGUGUGAUUGUUUUCUCUCAAAACCCCCCCUCCUCCGCCGUACCGGCUGCGUUAUUACCCCAAAAAUGAAGGCUAAUAAGGAUACCUCAAUCUGCAGCAGCAACGAGCUUUCUUUACACUACCUCUCGGAUCACAGCCUGAACAUCGCCCGGUCUCGGUUGCAGAGAGAAGAAGAAGAGCAGCUGUGUCUGCAGGACGAUAUGAACCACUGUUACAAUCGUCUCAAGCGUCUCGUACCCACCAUACCGCAGGAUAAGAAAGUCAGCAAAGUGGAGAUCCUUCAGCACGUCAUAGAUUACAUCUUGGACCUGCAGCUGGCGCUGGAGACGCACCCUUCUCUCCUCAAACAACAGACGGGGACGUGCCCGCAGUCCCCCGCCUCUAACCGGACACCGCUAACGGUUCUCAACACGGACCGCCAGAGGACGUCAACAGGCCAGAAGGAGGACUCCGUUUUGUGCCGCUGAUAAAUGGUGAGUAG